CGGGGGCGGACUGGGAGGAUGCAGGGGUAAGUCGGGAGGCACUGGGGUCCUGGGGUCGGCUGGAGACCCUGGGAGACCCCAACCGGGGCGCAGCCCGCCCUGGUCUGCUGUCCUGGACCGAGGGCUCGGCGACUCGGAGAUGGAAUGGAGAAGGAAGGAGGGGGGAUGCCGGCGCUCGCUGCCCGGUUUUCCCCUGCUCCGUCCCUGCGGACACUUUUAGGCUCCGGCAUCAGGCACCGAGGGGCCUGGACCAGCGCCUCCUCGGGAUCGCGGUAGAGGGUCGCUGCUCCCCAGGACUGACGUCUUCGCUCCUCUGGGGCCUAGCUGCCCGUUCCACCCGGUGCCAGGGCGCCGAGUAGGCACGACUCCUAGGGUUUGGCGAAGAGAAUUCUUCCUGGUCCCUCAUCCCAGGCCUGAGCGGCCAGACACCGCUCACCCUGGUGCUGAUGCCACCAGAAGCCUUGCUGGGCGGGAGGGGGUCCGGGAGGAGUCGGGAGUGGGGAGAAUUGGCCGGGAAAGAGACUGGGACACCAACUCCUCCUUGGAACUUUCACUUCCCGCUGCUGUCUUGGGCCGGGGGCCGAGAGGGCAGGCGCGGGUGGAGUGUCCGGAGGAGAGAGGACCAUUGUGGAGGGCAGGGGGCGGACUCCGGGAGGAAGCGGAGGCUGUGGGGAGCGGGUGUGCCUCGUUGGGCAUGAGGGGUGUUUAGGGAGGGGGGUGUUUGCACUGCUCACCCAGAAAUGGGCGUUGCCGGCAUCUCUGAUGUGAGGAAAGGGAGGGUGAGUGGGCACCGGGCCACAAGGCUUCGCCCAGUCCUGAGUGGGGGCGUUCCUGGGGCUGGGGGGGGGUCUUUGGAAGGGAAUGGGAACUGGGGGAGGGUCCCUGUGAGAACCUGGGAUUGGCCUGAGGGGGGACCGGGAGGGGCCACAGGCUGGACAAACUGAACUUCUUUCUGGGGACUUGUGGAUGAGUUGGUGGGAUGGAAGGGAAAAAUUGGAGAGAGGCACGCCCCACCUCACCCCCCGCCCCGUUUAGUAGUCUCCUUUAAGUCCCAGCAUGCAAUGCAGGAGUCCUUCAAGCAGAGAAGGGCCUGGCUAUGCUGGGAGCCAGGUGGCACUGAGGAGGAGCAGAUGAGGCCAGAGGAGGCCCUGAAUGGGCCUUUGGAGCCCCAGAUCCUUCAGGACAACCUCACCCUCAGCCUAGCAGAGGUGCUUCCGACCGGUCUGCCUGAGGCUUUGCGGAUCAAGUUGGAAUUGGAUGGUGAGAGUCAUAUCCUGGAGCUGCUACAGACUAGGGAACUUGUCUCAGGCCGCCCGACCCUGGUGUGGUACCAGCCUGAUGGCACCCGGGUGGUCAGUGAGGGACACACUCUGGAGAAUUGCUGCUACCAGGGAAGAGUGCAAGGCCACACCGAUUCCUGGGUCUCUGUCUGCACCUGCUCCGGGCUCAGGGGCUUGGUGAUUCUGUCCCCAGAGAGAAGCUACGCCCUGGAGCAGAGGCCCGGGGGUCUUCAGGGUCCUCCUGUGAUCUCCCGGAUCCAAGACCUCCUCCUGCCAGGCCACACUUGUGCCCUGAGCUGGCCUGCCCCUGUGCCCAUUCAGGCACCACCAGAGCACCCCACGGGACAGCAUCACAUUCGCAGGUGGAGGCGGGACGUGGUGACAGAGACCAAAGUUGUUGAGCUGGUGAUCGUGGCUGAUCACUCUGAGGUCCGGAGGUACCGGGACUUCCAGCACCUGCUGAACCGUACCUUGGAAGUGGCCCUCCUCUUGGACACAUUCUUCCGGCCUCUGAAUGUCCGGGUGGCCCUAGUGGGCCUGGAGGCCUGGACCCAGCACGACCUGAUAGAGAUAAGUCAGGACCCAGGUCUCACACUAGACAGCUUCCUCCACUGGCGCCAGACAGACUUGCUGCCUCGGUUGCCCCACGACAGUGCCCAGCUGGUGACCGCUACGUCAUUCUCUGGGCCCAUGGUGGGCAUGGCCAUUCAGAACUCCAUCUGUUCUCCUGACUUCUCAGGAGGCGUGAACAUGGACCACUCCACAAGCAUCCUGGGAGUCGCUUCCUCCAUAGCUCACGAGUUGGGCCACAGCCUGGGCCUGGGCCAUGACUCACCUGGGAACAGCUGCCCCUGUCCAGGUCCAGCCCCAGCCAAGAGCUGCAUCAUGGAGGCUUCCACAGACUUCCUGCCAGGCCUGAACUUCAGCAACUGCAGUCGACAGGCCCUGGAGAAAGCCCUCCUGGGCGGGAUGGGCAGCUGCCUCUUUGAACGGCUGUCCGGUCUGCCCUCUAUGGCCAGUGUCUGCGGAAAUAUGUUGGUGGAGCCCGGAGAGCAGUGUGACUGCGGCUUCCCUGAUGACUGCACUGAUCCCUGCUGCGAUUACUUCACCUGCCAGCUGAGGCCAGGGGCACAGUGCGCGUCUGACGGACUCUGUUGUCAAAAUUGCCAGCUGCGCCCAGCUGGCUGGCAGUGCCGCCCUCCCAGAGGUGACUGUGACUUGCCUGAGUUCUGCCCAGGAGACAGCUCCCAGUGCCCCCCUGACAUCAGCCUGGGGGACGGCGAGCCAUGCGCUGGUGGAGAGGCUGUGUGCGUGCACGGGCAUUGCGCCUCGUAUGCCCAGCAGUGCCAGGCUCUCUGGGGGCCUGGGGCCCAGCCUGCCCCGCCGCCUUGCGUCCUUACUGCCAAUACACGUGGGAACGCCUUCGGGAACUGUGGGCGAAGUCCUGGUGGCAGCUACGUGUCCUGUGCCGCUAAAGAUGCCAUGUGUGGGCAGCUUCAGUGCCAGGUGGGGAGGGCCCAGCCUCUGCUGGGCUCAGCCCGGGAUCUGCACUGGGAGGUACUGGAAGCCAAUGGGACCCAGCUCAAGUUGAACUGCAGCCGGGUACACCUGGACCUGGGCAACGACGUGGCUCAGCCCCUCCUGAGUUUGCCUGGUACAGCCUGUGGCCCUGGCCUGGUGUGCCUCGACCACCGAUGCCAGCCCGUGGAAAUCCUAGGAGCCCAGGAAUGUCGAAGCAAAUGCCAUGGGCAUGGGGUCUGCAACAGCAACAGACAGUGCCACUGUGAGGAGGGCUGGGCACCCCCGGACUGCAUCACCCACAUCAGAGCCACCAGCUCCCUGACCACAGGACUGCCCCUCAGCCUCCUGUUGUUGCUAGUCCUGGUACUGCUUGGUGCCAGCUACUGGCACCGUGCCCGCCUGCGCCAGCGACUCUGCCAGCUCAAGGGACCCAGCUGCCAAUACAGGGCAGCCCAGUCGGGUCCCCCGGAACGCCCAGGACCCCCACAGAGGGCCCCUCUGAUGCCAGGUGCCAAGAAGGGCUGGUUGAGGGCCCCUGCUCUGAGCCCUCUGGAUCUGAUGACAGGACUGUGUGCGGAGGCUAGUGCUCUUGGCUUCCCGGCCCCUCCCUCCAGGCCGCUGCCUCCUGACCCCGUACCCAAGAGACUCCAGGCUGCGCUGGCUGACCGACCCAAUCCCCCCACCCGCCCUCUGCCCGCUGACCCGGUGUUGAGGCGCCCGAAGCCUCAGGGGCCUACCAAGCCCCCACCCCCGAGAAAGCCACUGCCUGCUGACCCCCAGGGCUGGCGCCCUUCAGGUGACCUGCCCGGCCCUGAAGCUGGAAUCCCGCCCCCGGUGGUACCCUCCAGGCCUGCGCCGCCACCCCCAGCAAUGUCCUCCCUCUACCUCUGACCUCUUCUGAGGUUCUGCUGCCUCCAACCUGGACUUAGGACUUCAACAGGCGGACCCGACCGCCGGAGUCCCCCUCGACGACUGAAGUAGCUGGAGCCUGGACGCUACGGAGCAGGCAUCCUAAGACCAGGCACCUACUUGCACUGUCGAGCAGCACCCUGGGGACCCACCCAUGCAGUGGCAGCUGGUGGUUGGGGAGGGGCUGGGCGCUGGACGGGGCUGAGGGAGGUGCACGUAGCCUGUCUCUGCUCAGCCGCAAUAAACGUAAGGUCUUGGGAGCG